AUGCUCAAAAUGUCAAAUGACUCACCCAAGGUUAAAAAACAAACAAACACUUUCUCUCUUUCUUCAUUUCCCCCGCAGAACAGAGCUCGGCUGGAACGCCGGAUAGUUGGCUCAACCAACCGGUGGCGUCUCCCCAGAGAGCCUUUCUCUGGGGACCUGCUGGCACUCUCCCAGGAGUGCAAGGCUUUGAGCAUAGACUUUGAUGAGGCGCUGAAGAACCCACCCAGGUUAUACAUUUCACAACUUCAGAAAAUUUUCUCUGAAAAUGUGAAGAACAAGGCCAUCCCAAGCAGGGAGGCAGAUGUGAUUCUUGAAUGCCUGGGCUUCAAAUGGGAACUCCAUCAGCCCCAGAUCUUUCAAUCCAAGACCCUGACCAAGCUGUACCUGGCGGCCCUGGCCCGGGACACCACCAGCCCCGUGAAGGAACUCGAGAAGCUUCUGCGAGCUCAGUUGCCUGGGAAGAUCAAAGAAAGACCCCCAGUAAAGAAGAUGAUCAUUUCCUUGAAGAUCAAUGACUCCCUGGUCACUAAAGUUGCCUUUGCCACAGCCCUGAAGAACCUCUACUUGAGCGAGGCAAAGAUGAACAUGGACGACAUGCUGGGUGUGCUGGCUUCCGCUCACAUUCUCCAGUUCGACACCCUGAUUCAAAGAUGUGUGACCACGAUGAUGAGUGCCCUCACGCCCAGCACCAUCAAGACCUUCUACCUGGCUGGCUGCAAGUACAAGGAGGAGCAGCUCACCACAGCCUGUGAGAAGUGGCUGGAGAUGAACUUGGUCCCUGUGGUGGGGAUGCAGAUCCACCUCCAGAAAAUCCCGCAGGAGCUGCUCCACAAAGUGCUGAAGUCCCCCAGGUUGUUUACUUUUAGUGAGUUUCAUCUUCUGAAAACGAUACUUUUGUGGGUCUACUUGCAACUAAACCACAAAAUUCAGACAGUUCCGACAUAUGAAACGGUGCUGGCGUUUUUUAUCAGCUUCCCUAGGAAGUGUUCCUUUCUGGACCGGGACACAGGACAGAAUCUGAUGCCCCUCUUCCUUUCCCUGCGUCUGCAUGGCAUCACCAAAGGCAAGGAUCUGGAGGAGUUAAGGCACAUGAACUUCUUCCCCGAGUCCUGGUUGGUCCGGGUCACAGCCAACCAUUACCACGCACUGGUGAGUGGGGGCGACAUGGCCCACGUGAAGGAUCUUACCACCCAAGCUGUGAGAUUCGGGCUGCUCUUUAACCAGGAAUAUACAACUUUGUCAAAAAUGAUUGCCAUAUAUGGAUUCUUCUUUGAGAUAAAGGGAACCAAACAUGAUACUACCUCUUAUAGUUUUUGCAUGCAGAGAAUAAGGCACACCGACUUGAAAUUCUCCUUGGUCAGCGAGUACAGCCCCGUUAGCCUGAGAGCGGAGCGCUUGGUGAAGUACGAGAUCAGAGCCCAGGCCCUGGUGGAUGGCAAGUGGCAGGAGUUCCAGACAAACCAGAUCACACAGAAGUUUGGGUUGGUCAAGCCAUCCUGCAAAAGCCACGCCUUGAAAGUCCAAACUGUGGGCAUCCCAAUCUAUGUAAGUUUUUCACUCAUCUUCCCAGUAUCUUGACAGUUUCCAGAAGAAUCUAUGGGAUUUUUUUCUUCCACUAAUCUGCAUAAAGGAAAAUAAAAU